AUCUCCCGGCUGGCGCUGGUCGAAGCCAGAUCCCCGUAGUCCUCGGAGACGUCAGGCUGCAGCACUUGCUCCGCUCGGCAUCCUCAGCCCGCGCUCGCGCCUCCCGUUGGAGCACCGCCCCCCAACCGGGCGAAGAGUCGCUGGGGGUCUAGCCGGGACUGCCCAGUCCUCCUCCUCCUCUCACCUUCCUUCGCCUUUCCGCCGUCCAGUCUCCUCUCGAGUAAGGGGCAGCGGAUGAAGUGAGACGAUGGUCAUCCGAGUGUUCAUCGCCUCCUCCUCCGGCUUUGUGGCGAUAAAGAAAAAACAGCAAGAUGUAGUUCGUUUUCUGGAAGCCAACAAGAUAGAAUUUGAGGAGGUAGACAUCACAAUGUCGGAGGAGCAAAGACAGUGGAUGUACAAGAACAUUCCUCCAGAAAAAAAACCAGCUCAGGGCAAUCCAACGCCACCACAGAUAUUCAAUGGAGAUCGAUACUGUGGUGAUUAUGACAGCUUUUUUGAGUCAAAGGAAAGCAACACAGUCUUGUCAUUCUUAGGCCUGAAAGCAAGAUUGCCAUCAAAGGCAGAGCCCUAAGAGUGGAAAGAAAAUGAAGAAGGCCGAAGCACAUUUGGAAGAGCAAGCGUGGUGUUCAGCAACAGCCGCUUACCUAAUGGAUCACUGUGAUAAAAGCCAUGUGCAUCAUCAGCACUUUGCUUGCCACUGAAGAAGUGCUUUCCAAAGAUGUGGGACCACUGGGCAUUGCAAAAAUCUAUAAAACAAAUUGGCCAUAUGGUGGAUUGUUCCUUAUUUUCUGAUUUACCUACCUUUGAUGAGAUGUCUUGAGGGAGUCUUUUACUGGUUACUGAUAGUCUUCCUUCAUAGUUUCAAAGAUAAGUGGGUGGCAGUCACCAGAUGAUAAAUGUAGCAUCCCUAUGAUAUUACAGUGUAUGCCCACGUUAGUUAGACAUGCUUUUCUUUAAGCUAAUGCUGCCCAGAUCAUGUUCUUGAAAUUAGUUUAUUAGGACAUUUGCCUCUCUUGAGCCAGGAAGGGGGGAAAAUGAUGCUUAAAACAAUCAGGGUGAUGAAGAAAAAUGGCUCAUAACUAGGAAUGGUGAUAUUUCUACUAUUUGUAAAUACCAUAUAGAUAUAAUAGCCUGCUUACUGUAAUAGUAGCUCUUGAAACUAUAAAAAAUGAUUCUAAGUUCAUUGUCACAGUGAAACAUACAAAUGAUUUGAAUUGAGGAAAAUCUUGCUGGAGUACUGAAAACUCUAAUGCUAUUUUAGAAAGUAUUAGAGUUUUUUUUUCUCUUCAGAGAACUUUUCCACUUAAAUGCCAUGAGAUGCUUGACACAAAUGUUUUAAAUUGUGAAGGCCAUGCACUAAUUUAAUCAGAACUUUAUAAGAAAGUGUUUAACUUACAUCUGAAAGUUUUGUGACUACAGAGAUGUAUUGCAUAUAUAUGUGUGUGUAUAUAUAUAUUUAUAUAUACACAUGCAGAUCUAUACGUAUAUACCCCCACAUAUAUUUUUAGUAUACCCCUCCCCAGUAGCUACUUGUCUCUUGUAAAGGGAUUAUAUUUUUUUGAAAAGGGAACUCUUGGUUAGAUAUAUUUUGUGUAGCCAUUGAUGAGUCAUAUUAAAUGAUACUAAUACCUCUACAUAAGUGAAUAUUUCUUUCUAUGUAACCUUUCCUCUAACCCUACUUCUCCUGGGCCCUACUCUAACCUUAACCUAUUUUAAAAUUUAAGCAUUUCAACUUAAUGCAGAUAAAUAAAGUUUUCCUACUAAUCCUGACCUCAAGGAUAAGUUUGUAGACUAUGCAUUUACAAGAGAAUUGCUUUAUGGCAUGCAAUAUCCUUUCACUCCCACUUGGAACAGCUGCUCAUAAACUUUAUAAAGUGGUC